AUGAAGUUUGGGGGGAAGGGGAUGAUCCAGCUGAUGGUACUGCUGUACAAUUGGGUGUGGAAAAACGAGUAUACGCCACGUAGAUGGAGGGAAGGAGUGGUUGUGAACCUGUUCAAGAAAGGAGACAAGACUGACCCAGGAAACUACAGGGGGAUCACACUGUUGAACACAGUAGGAAAAGUGUUCUGUAAGCUGUUGAACGAUAGGAUAGUGGGAGUAUUGGAGAAGGAACAUAGCAUUAGUGAGGGCCAGGCAGGUUUCCGCAAGAAGAGGGGGUGCGUAGACCACGUGUUCACGGUAGGGAGAAUCAUCCAAGGUAGAAAGAGGGCGGGAAAGCCGACGUACUGCUU